UCUCCCCCCGCCCCGCCCAUCUAGCUACGCCAAUCCACCCAUUCCACGUCGGACACUCCAAGCUUAAUGAACGACGUGCGGUGGCUCUGUAUUCAAGCUCGAUAGUAUGGCAUCAUCUGACCGCAGUCGCUCUUUCUACUGGAUGACGGAUGCGUCACCAACCCCCAAUCUGAUUCCAUUUCCGCUGAAUGUCAGCUCAAGCCUGUCAUCCGACAGCAGUCGCUCUUUCUACUGGUUGACGGAUGCGUCACCAUUUCCCGUUCUGUUUCCAUUUUCGCUGAAUAUCAGCUCAAGCCUGUCGUCUGACAGCAGUCGCUCUUUCUACUGGAUGACGGAUGCGUCACCAUCUCCCGCUCUGUCUCUAUUUCCGUUGAACAUCAACCCAAGCCUGUCGUCCGACAGCAGUCGCUCUUUCUACUGGAUGACGGAUGCGUCACCAUUUCCCGUUCUGUUUCUAUUUCCGCUGAACAUCAGCUCAAGCCUGUCGUCCGACAGCAGUCGCUCUUUCUACCGGAUCGCGGAUGCGCCUUCCAUUUCACAUUUUCUCUUUCCUCUCAUCUAUCGUCCGACCCAUGUCACUCCUUUAUAUACCCUUUUCACUUUUCUUUCCCCUCACAUUCAUCGUCCGACCCCAUGUCAUUCCUUCAUAUACCCCUUUCACCUUUCUCUCUCCUCACAUUUAUUGUCCGACCCAUGUCACUCCUUCAUAUACCCCUUUCACCUUUCUCUCUCCUCAUAUUUAUUGUCCGACCCAAGUCACUCCUUACCUUUGUCUCUCCUCAUAUUUAUCGUCCGACCCAAGUCACCCCUUCGUAUACCCCUCUCACCUUUCUCUCUCGUCCCAUCCAUUGUCCAACUCAAGUCACUCCUUCAUAGACCCCUUUCACCUCUCUCUCGUCAUAUUUAUCGUCCAACUCAAGUCACUCCUUCAUAUACCCUUUUUACCUUUCUCUUUGUUCUUCGACAUCUAUCUCUUCUCCGGGCCUCAAGUCCACUAGCCCGCUCUUGCACUCUACCUGCACCCAUUCGUCGCGCACCACGGUUUACUCGCAGCUCCAUACCCAAUCUUCUGACUUUUACGACGUUCACGACCUUUCACGACUCUUUACGACUCUUUACGACUCUUUACGACUUUUCACGACUUUUCACGACUUCUUCUCUGCCCCCGGACGCCGAAAGGGGUCUGCACCCAUUCACGCAUACUACGUACAUGCAGCUCUACACGCAACCUAUUCCAUCCAGUCUACUUUAUGGUUCGUCUACGACUCAUCUCCUCAUGCCUCUUUAUGCCAUCUUAUAACAUUAUGACAAUAUACCGUCGUCACUCUUUUACGACACCCCCAUGCCACUUUUCCUAUCUCUUAUGCCUUAUGCCACUUUUCCUAUCUCUUAUGCCUUAUGCCACUUUUCCUAUCACUUAUGCCUUAUGCCACUUUUCCUAUCACUUAUGCCUUAUGCCACUUUUCCUAUCACUUAUGCCUUACGCCACUUUUCCUAUCUCUUAUGCCUUAUGCCACUUUUCCCCCAUGCCUUAUGCCUUAUGCCUUAUGCCAACUUUUCUUUUCCUCUAUUCCCUAUUUUUUAUGCCACUUUACACGAAAACAAGACAUGGUUUUUAAACUUUUUGGACUAGAGAAGUUUGCGAACGCUCAACGGGAGCAAGCUCGUCCCCGACUCUAAGAAGUGCGCUUCA